AUGUCAUCCCUAUAUUAUUUUUCAACUGAAACCAAAGGGACAAUAAGAAAGUUCCGAAUUUCCACUGGGAGAGUAGAAACGAUAAAGGGUCUUUCCAUUAAGAUCCAACCGAAACCAUCCUAUGAAAUCGUUAUCCCAGAGGAUGAGCAGGAAGAAGUAGAGGAAAUUGAAUCUCUAGAGGAGCUUAGAGAAUGCUUACCUGAUACAUCGCCUAGAUUUUUGUUACUUGCUUAUCCCAUGACGAAUAAAGACGGUAUCAAACAAGUUCCAUUGGUGGUAAUUUAUUGGAAACCUAUGACUGUUGUUUCCCAGGAAUUGAAAAUGUUAUAUGCUGGUGCCUUGGAAAUGGUGAGAAAUGAAUGUGGUACUUUCAAAUUGGUUGAAUGUACUUCGGGGUUGGAAGAUGAUUCUGAUGUUGAAGAGUUGAAGGAACAAAUUGAAAACUGUUGA